AUGCACAGUGUUGGUGAGUCGUCGCAGUUUUUCUCGAAAAGAGAGAAAAGGAAGCUAAGCAAUUUGAAGAAAAAAGCGAGUGAGCUUCUUCUUUUAAGCAAGAAAGACCCGAGUGGUGGCAUAUCGGCUGUUGCAGAUGAAAAAGAAAGCGGUUGGAAUCAGUGUGCAUUAAAUGUUAUUUCAAAUUUAGAAAAGGAUAUAUCAAUGAAGAUCAGCAGAAAAUUGCUGGCAGUUAAGCGAAAGAUUGGUCCUGUACCGAAAAUUUAUGUAUCGUCAGAAAAGUUAAACGGUUUACGCAUUGGCAGCCGACAAGUUGCUGCACUUGUUCAUUACUUGACAUUGGCACAUAUUCCUAAACCUGUAUGGAUUCAAAUAAAGCCUCAUAGAGCUGUCUUACAAACAGUUUUGAUCCGCGUGGAGAGCGAUUAUGAAAUUAUGGAUGAAAUUAGGGAGCAUGACUUUAUGUGUUCUAUGUUUCCGGAAAAGCCGUUUAUUCUGUCAAGUGAUGUUUCGAGGAGAGAUUGUUUUUUUAAAGCUAUUUACAAUGUUCCAUUAACUCGAAUUGAAUUGCUGAAAGAAAGAAAUUCGAUUAGUAAUGUAGUCAUGGAAAGUGGUGCUAGCUCGUCGUCUAAAGCUUCUUUUCUAAUGUCGUUUGAUCAAAUGAUUGAUUUUCAGUAUCCUUUUCCAGAAAGCGAAACGUGUUCUUCACACCCGGUGACUCCAACAAAAGAAAACUACGCGCCUGUUACCGAGGAUUCACCUUUGUUUGCACUUGACUGUGAAAUGUGUUUAACAGCGCCCGGGAAACACGAACUUACUCGUAUAUCACUAGUAGACGAAAAUUACAAUGUAAUAAUCGAUACAUUGGUUAAGCCUUUCGAACCUAUUACAGACUAUUUGACAAAAUUCAGUGGCAUUACCAAAAAUCUGCUUGAUCCAGUGGAUGUUCGCCUUAUCGACGUCCAGAAAGCGUUGAAACAUGUUCUUCCACCAGAUGCAAUUUUGGUUGGCCAUUCAUUGGAAUUUGAUUUACGAGCUCUGAAUCUCGCUCAUCCGUAUUGCAUUGACGUUGGGCAUAUUUUUAAUUUAUCCGGAAGUGAAAGGCACAGAUCCUCACUGAAGGUCAGAUGUUCUUAUUCAUAUAUUCAAAUUUUCCUCGGUAAGGAAAUCCAGGAUUAUGGCCACUGUUCUGUUGUAGAUGCAGUUUCGGCAAUGCAGCUUUUCAAACUAAAAAUUUCGAAGGGAAUUGUUUUUGGAAGCGUUCUUUACGGUUGGAGCUACGACGAUUAUGCUGAGUCUAAUGGUCUGAGUCGUACUGGAGGUUUCCUUGAUGAAGUGAAAAGGCAGCGUUUAGAAAAAGAAGUUUCGCGGGAAUGUGAAGUAACUGAUGGAGUUUUUGAAGAGGAAGACCUUGCACGGACUAGAGCUUGUUGCAAGCACUGCAAGAGGCCUCUAACAGUGCCGUGCUUGAUAUCUAAGUGUAUUUGUUUGAAACAGCGAAAAGCGUUAUGUGCAGUUUGUUGCGUGCUUUCUCCAAAACUGCAUGCUAAGACACCGAUUGGAACCUUUGAUUGGAGUGCCGUAUUUGCUGUGGACAUUCAGCGGAAAACUCAUCCAUUAUGUUGGCAUUUAUCUAAUGCAAAAAAAAAUUCGAUGAUGUCUUUCCUUUCAGAAGAAAUAGAGGCGUGUGACCAUUCAAAAUGGUCAGUUAUUUCGAAAACAGACACUUACGGUAGCAUUGAGGCUUUGGCCGAACAGGUUUCGUGCAACAUCUUGGAACAUCAGUUUGUUUUAGUCGAUGUCACUAGGUCUUUAUACAUGUCGACUAUGGAGAACACUGGAGUAGCUCAUCUAAUACAUGGGUUGGAAAAAAUAGUUUUGGCUGCUGCCAGGAAUUCGCUUAUUAUGGUUUUGCUCACGAGUUCACAGAAAAGUUUAUUGUUUAUGAACAUUAAAAAUGCCAACUGA